GCACGCAUCCGGCGGAAGUGUUCCUCUUGCCUGCGUCCUCCAGUCUCAGGCCCUCAGCCAACUCCACCCCCAGGUGGUUUGAACUUUGAGCCACUUGUAGUCCUGAUGAACAACUUAGCUUUUUUCAAAUUUAUAACCCUUGGAACUGCAAGAAUUGAAGGUUUACGCAAUUUGAAACUAGUCAGCACUGUACAGAAUUAAAAGUACUAAGAAGCAGAGAUUAAAAUGGCUUCCAGAGGAAAGACAGAGACAAGCAAAUUAAAGCAGAACUUAGAAGAACAGUUGGAUAGACUAAUGCAGCAAUUACAAGAUCUGGAGGAAUGCAGAGAGGAACUUGAUACAGAGGAAUAUGAAGAAACCAAAAAGGAAACGUUAGAACAGCUAAGUGAAUUUAAUGAUUCACUGAAGAAGAUUAUGUCUGGAAAUAUGACUUUGGUAGAUGAACUAAGUGGAAUGCAACUGGCUAUCCAGGCAGCUAUCAGCCAGGCCUUUAAAACUCCAGAGGUCAUCAGAUUGUUUGCAAAGAAACAACCAGGUCAGCUUCGGACAAGGUUGGCAGAGAUGGAUAGAGAUCUGAUGGUAGGAAAGCUGGAAAGAGACCUGUACACUCAGCAGAAAGUGGAAAUACUAACAGCUCUCAGGAAACUUGGAGAGAAGCUGACUGCAGAUGAUGAGGCCUUCUUGUCAGCAAAUGCAGGUGCUAUACUUAGCCAGUUUGAGAAAGUCUCUACAGAUCUUGGCUCUGGAGACAAAGUCCUUGCUUUGGCAAGUUUUGAGGUUGAAAAAACCAAAAAAUGACAUGAUGUGGAAUCUUGAGGACAUUGAUCACAUUCUUGGAAAUGACAUUUUUCUUCUGGGGAUUUUAAGUCAUUGCAAAGAAAUCAAAAGAUUCUCAAACUGCAUUAAUAACUUAAGAAAAGGUGACAUAAAAAUGUACAGGUGGCUUCUGUUGAUGCCCUUCAUCACUGUGCUUUGUUUAGAGCUACCUUUGUAAGUGAUCCUGGACUUGCUGGGACAGAGAGACUCACUGGAUCUUAUUCAUUAUAAUUUGUCUGUUUAAGAGAGAGAAAAGAAAAUGGAGUUUCUCUGCCUAUUUUUAUUAAGACUCCUUGUUUGUAAGUGCUGAGAGUGAAUGAAAAGAUGUGAACUAAUGAUUCUUUCCUGCUGACAACUUUACUCGUUAUAGUAAAUAGUGUAGCAACAUCAAUAGACCUCAUAUGUGUCAUAGAAUUUUAGAGUUCUAAGUGACCUUAGAAAUCAUUUUCAUUUUACAAACAAGGGAACUGAGGCUGAGAAGAACAAAUGACUUGCUUAAAGUCACAUUAGAGACAGAGCCAGGGAUAAGACUCAGUGUCCUGGCUCCCAGUUUAGUGUUCAUUGAGUUUUAUUUCUUUAUACUGUUUUAAAAAUAAUAAUAAUUAACACGUAUUUGUGCAAGUAUUUAUGAAAAUUUGAUGUCCCAACAAAAAGUUGAC